AUGCGCCAACGCCUCGCCCUCCGCCGGAUCUUCCUCCAGAGGCUGUUCCGCCUGCAACAAACCACCCGCCCCUUCACAAGCAACACCGCCCUCACCGCGCGCAGCAGCACCACACGCCCCCAGCUGCCCUUCCUCACGAUACCCGUCGCCAACCGCCCCCGUGCGCGCUACUUCACCACGGAGAAGAAGCGAUGGCUGCGCUGGGAAGGCAGCCUCUUCCUGCGCUACAACAUCUCCAUCUGGGGAGGCGCCGCCUGCGUCCUCGCCAUCGUCUUUCUCCUCAACCAGGAGGCGCUCGAGAAGGAGUUCCCGACGCCGCAUGAGUGGUCCAUCCGCACGCGCAUGUGGAUCCGCGGGGCCAAGAGCGCGGCCGUCAACCCGCACCUGAGGAACGUCGACUGGGCCGAGGUCAUCAUCUCGUGCAGGGAGGCGGUGAACAUAUUGGAGGAUGUAGAACGCGACGGCAAGGGGAUCAGGGAGCUUCUGGACGAGCCGCUGUCGAUUGACGGGCUGGGCGCCGCUGGCAAGGAUGUGUCGGCCAAGAGCGAGGAGUGGCGGCGGGGAUACUACGAGGUUUUGAUGCUGAUGGCGGAAGGCCAGGAACAGAUGGACGGAUGGGUAAAGGAUCGAGCGAGCAACCGUGUGUUUCCUCCAGAGAUGGUCAUCGGACCGUCAAAUCCGCAUCCGAAGCCGAUCCCCCACGGGGUCGACAAGGCGCCCAGAGAGGAGGACUGUGAGGUCGCCUUCGAGCCGGCGGAGAACACCUACCUGCGCAUCCUGACAACGAAGGGCUUCACGAACCGCCAGAAGAUGGACGCUGCGCUGGCAUAUGCGUCAUUCCUCGACUUCAAGAGCAUGCCCGAUGCAGCGGAGAAGAUGUACCAAUGGGCCCUGGCUCUGGCCACCGAGACGGCCUCCGCCUCGCUGGUUGACGGACGCACAUACACCAUCAACGACAAGACGACACCGCCUUCUCAGAACGUGCUGACCGUCCUGACGUCGAUCGCCACGCACAAGGCGAGGAGCGGCGACGUCAGCGCCGCGCUGCCCAUCUUCAUCUCCGUCCUCCGCGCCCGCCGCGCCCUCCCCACGACGCCUCUGCCGGGCCAGGAGCGCCCGCAAGAGGUUCCCACGUCUCUGUGGCAGAGAGUCUGGAACGCCGCCGCGGCGCCAAAGUACCCGCCCACGCCUGACGACGGCUCCCGCCCGCCCUGGAGGCAUUACAAGGAGCUUUGCGAGGAGGCCAGUCUGAACCUGUACAUCGGCGAGAUCCUGUUCGCGACGAAGGACGCCAAGGCGAACCGCGAGGAGGGCCUGGCUUGGACGAGAGACGCUGUUGACCUUGCUGAGGAGCAGCUCCGCAAGGUCGGCACCGUUGGCGGCGACAGGGAGGCUCGCCAGACGUGCCGCGAGUGCUUGGGUGUUGGGCUGGAAAACUGGUCUGCGAUGGUGGCGAAGCUUGCCAAAGAGGAGGAGGCGAAGAAGAAUGCCGCGCCUACUAAGUCUACGUUCGGUUUCUGGAGCGAGGCCAAGACGGUUGAUGGAAGGUGGGCUGCGGAACAAGACGUUGUCACGGAGAGGAUACGCCGCACUAGGGAGCUCCUGGUUAAUGUCGAGCCGCCUGCUGCUGGGCUUGCAUCAUUGCUUCGGGCGUAA